AGGAGUGUACUUUCAGCUGAGCCUCGCAGGGAAAGGGGGCCAUCCGGGUAAGGAACUGGAGGUAGAGCACUCCGCAGGAAGGAGAGCAGGGGAAGACCGUGGGCUGGGAGGACGGAGAGAGGACAGUGUACCCGGGGCGGGUGCUGAGAAGUGGGGGCAUGGCCUUGGAGGGCCGUGCCAGGUGGGGUCGGGCCCAGCUGUGUGUGUGCCCCUGAGCUGUGGGAUCCCUGAGAAGGGAGCAGGAGCACGCAGCAGUCAGGCUGGCAUUUUUUAAAAUUACCCUGGCUGCUUCGUGGAGAGCAAAUUGGAGACAGGUAGGAGCAAAUCUUGGGUUUCUGGCUGUCACCUACUCCCCUGGGUAAAACGGAGGAACGAGCAGGUGUUUGGGGUGGAGGGAAAGGUCAGAGUUCCAUUCUGUACUUGUUAAACUUGGCAGGACUGUAGAUGGUCGGUUACAUGGAUCUGGAGCUCAAAACUAGAGGUGAAAGUUUGGGAGUUGUCAGCAUGUAAACGGUGAGCACAUCCCUGAGAUUAGAAGAAAGGUCUGUGGAGACAGUACAGUAAGCGUAAGAAGCGUGCCGAGGACCGAGCCCUGAUUGUACCCAGGAUUCUGGCCGUCUCAUCAUACUGGCUCCAAUGGGGCUCUUCAAGCAGUCAGCUCAUGGCCAUGAACGUGCACACUCAGCCCGAUGGCCUGGAGGCCGAAUGCCUAGGGUUCCGACUCGAGCUCUGCCCCUGACUGACUGCGGCUGUGGGUCUGUUCCCUCACCUCUUCUCCUCAGCUGGAAGAUGAGACUAAUAGACAAGUCACGUGUAACCUGUGUCAAAUGGGUUCCCGGUUCGGAAAGCCUUUUCCUAGUGGCCCAUUCGAGUGGGGCCAUGUACCUGUAUAACGUGGAGCACACUUGUGGCACCGCAGCCCCCCACUACCAGCUUCUGAAGCAGGGGGACAGCUUUGCCGUGCACACUUGCAAGAGCAAAUCCACGAGGAACCCUCUGCUUAAGUGGACGGUGGGCGAGGGGGCCCUCAACGAGUUUGCUUUCUCCCCAGAUGGCAAGUUCUUGGCGUGCGUGAGCCAGGACGGUUUCCUGCGGGUGUUCGGCUUUGACUCGGUGGAGCUGCACGGCUCCAUGAAAAGCUACUUUGGAGGCUUGCUGUGUGUGUGCUGGAGCCCGGACGGCAAGUACCUUGUGACAGGUGGCGAGGACGACCUGGUGACAGUCUGGUCUUUUGUAGACUGCCGAGUGAUAGCGCGAGGCCACGGGCACAAGUCCUGGGUCAGUGUGGUGGCAUUUGAUCCCUAUACCACGAGUGUAGAAGAAAGUGACCCUAUGGAGUUUAGUGGCAGCGACGAGGACUUCCAGGACCUUCUCCACUUUGGCAGAGACCGAGCCAAUAGCACACAGUCCAGGCUCUCCAAACGGAACUCCACAGAGAGCCGCCCUGUCAGCGUCACCUACCGGUUUGGCUCGGUGGGCCAGGACACGCAGCUCUGCCUGUGGGACCUCACAGAAGACAUCCUUUUCCCUCACCAACCCCUCUCGCGAGCAAGGACACACACAAAUGUCAUGAACGCCACAAGCCCUCCUGCUGGAAGCACUGGGAACAGUGUCACGACACCCGGCAACUCUGCGCCCCCGCCCCUGCCGCGGUCCAACAGCCUCCCGCAUUCCACUGUCUCCAGCGCCGGCAGCAAGAGCAAUGUCGCCGACGGGGCCAUCGCUUCUGGGGUCAGCAAAUUCGCGACCCUCUCACUACACGACCGGAAGGACCGGCACCACGAGAAAGACCACAAGCGGAACCACAGCAUGGGGCACAUUUCCAGCAAGAGCAGCGACAAACUGAACCUAGUCACGAAAACCAAAACGGACCCCGCUAAAACUCUGGGGACGCCCUUGUGUCCUCGAAUGGAAGACGUGCCCUUGUUAGAGCCACUCAUCUGUAAAAAGAUAGCACAUGAGAGACUGACGGUGUUAAUUUUCCUUGAAGACUGUAUAGUCACUGCUUGUCAGGAGGGAUUUAUUUGCACAUGGGGAAGGCCUGGUAAAGUGGUAAGUUUUAACCCUUAACGCUGCGCCAGAUCGAGAACGUGACUAGGUAGACAUGUUUUCCUUGCGGGAGGGGUGGGGUGUACAAUGAAUGUGAAUGACACUUCUUCUAAAUGUAAAUCUAAAUGCAUCAGAGCCAUAAUUUUGGAUACUGCAUGCCAUGUAAUUCUGAAUCAUUUGAUAAUUCACCUUAGAACGUUUAAAAAAAUAUAAUCAAGCUAUUUGCCAGCCAAGUCAGUCACCCUCCUGGGAGUAUAUAGAGUCCCAAGGUUAGCGUUCCCGUAUUAGACUAUUUCGAUUUUAGGAAAAUCAUGACAGUGUGGGAAAACAAUGACUUAAAAUGCUAAAAUUAAAAUUUCUGCUUUAACUGGAAUAUUUUUGCCUAACUACUCAAUUAGAAUAUUGUACACCUGAUCAGAGCGUGUGUUCAGUAUGGACGGCCAUUGUCAUUUAUAGUCUGAUUUUUUAUCUUAAUCAUAAAAUGUUUAGGAAUCUAUGAAAUUUAACUUUAGGAACAAAGCGUUCAGCAGGGUUGAUUGAUAUUAUUUUUACAUUGUUCUGGCAAUCCACAGAAAGAGAAGAGCCUUAAUUUUUAAAACCCAUUUUAGUCAUUUUAUGACAAUUAAAAUUGUUUAAUAAACAUCUUUUUUCAAAGAAGCAGUUUGUGCCACUUUGAUUGAGAUUCUGUGCCCUAAAUAAACACCCACGCCACGUCCCUGGGCAGUCCCGGGGCCCGCGGGCAGAGCGCGGCCGCGGCUGUCGGCGUGCCUCUUGCCAUGUACGCCCAGAUCCUUCGUGUCGAAUGCGCUUGGCUUGUGUUCUUUUCCAAUAAGGAAAAGGAGGUUUUGUUUUCCUUUGCUUUUUCCGGGGUGGGGGGAGGGUUGUUUUGUUUGUCUUGUUUGUUUUGGUCCAAAAGGCACUUGACUGGAGGCCCCAGGCAGGCAGGGGCCCCAGGUCCGGCUUGUCCCACCCAGCGUGAGCACAAGUGCAGUCGCCCCGUCUUCUGGUUGGAUGGCAGUCAUGAAUCCGGGAUUGUUCCUGGGACACUGAUGCUGGCCUGGCUCUCGGGCUCUGCCCUCAGGGACUUCCACCCAGCCUGUCACCCUGGGCCCUGGUGGUCUUGGCUGCUCGGGAGCAGUGGGUGCAGACCCCACGGGACCCGCUGUCCCCUUGGGAAACUGCAGCAUUUAAUUGGAGUUUCUUAUGCCCCUGUCGGCUGUGUGAGGAGUUUCCAAUCCGCGUUUACAUGGAUGACAUGUUCUUUGAGCUCUGUUUUGUGUCAAGGUGAUGGUCACCUCAUUUGUUAUUUCGGUCAGUUCGGUUUGUUUUUGUUUUGCACACCUCUGGAAAUAUGGACGUACUGACCAUUCACACGGGGCGGAGCAGGGAGUGCGAUUCAGCAAGUGAAGACAUGGGACCGGCUGAUGGAGGCCUCCUCGGGAGGCUCGGCCUGCCCCCCACGGCCCCCUGUGUCCGUCAGCCCCGUAAUGCCAGCGGUUUCUGUUACCUGUGACCGCAGUGGCGGCCCGCAGCAGUGGGAAUGUCCUCCCCACUGAAGGUGUGGUCCUUUGUUCCUAAUGUUCACCCGUCUAAGGCAGCGCACACAGCAGCCUCGCGUCCUGUCAGCUCCGCGGGCUGCAGGGGCCGUCGGGUGGAGGAGCGCUUAGCACCCAGCCGCCGGUGCAGUUUCCCGUGCUCUGCUUCAGACACUCCCUUCAGAUGCUCCUGAGGCGUGGAGUGUGCCGUUUCCAAACUCAGGACUGGGCAUGUGGCCUGAGCAGAGUGGCGCCUCCCGGGUGGUGGCCUUUAUGGGGACGCAUCUGUGUCCUGGGGGUUCUGGUGCACUGCUCGCUGCAUUGCUGCGGGGGGAAAGCUGUGGGGCUGUGCUCCCCUGGAACCGCACUUGAGUGCCUGGGCACCUGCCAUCUGGCUCAUUCUGCCCUUUAGCUGCACCUGCUGCUGGCUGCCCUGAGAGAGGGGUUGCCCAGGUGCGCCAACAGGGUGACCUACCUAGGAGGCAGCCUGUUAGUGGAGGGUGGGGGGCCUCCUUACAAAACCAGCUCUGACAAGCCUGUGGUGCUCAUGUCCUCCCCCACACCUGCCACCUCCACCUCCGGGUUUAAAGUCCAGGUUCGGGGCAGUUUGGGAUUGGGGGCUUGG